AUGAACUACAACUACCUUAUUGACAUUGUUCUUGGAGAAGGAGGAGUCGAAGAAAUCUUACAAGCAUCAGUCCUUAUGUACGUUUUGGUAAUGGGUCUGGUGGAUGUAAAAGGUCACUGCCUCAGCUGCAACUACAUUGGGGAGGAAGGGGGAGUUGUCAAAGACAAAUUCCCAGUGCGCAUACCAGAUGGUGUGAACCGUGAUGGAGGCAAUCUCAAUCUGGAGAAAGGAGGAAACGGAGGGAGAAAGCCGAGUACGAGCGAGAAGCCAGGCAACGUCAGAAAUGGACCAGGACGGACACAUUUGCCGCCGUACCAAUGUCCACACGGGAAACUUGCGAGGGCAGGAGAAGACGAAAUGUUGGAGAGGGUCCACCGCAGAGACACAGAGGCGACAGUUCGGACUAGAAAGGAAAGAAGAGGUACGGUUGAAUACGAACUCAGUGGCUGGGACCCUUUGCCAGAGGAUUUUCCACCAGAGAGAACGGCAAAUAGUUGCUACAUAGACAUCUUGAGCUCGCGCGCGUUCAAGAGCCGUGAACUAGUGAAAAAUCUACUUAACCGGUUUAAGAAUUGGAAGGAGAGCAAAUUUGAGGAAUCAUUCUGGGCAAAGAUGACUUUGGAUGAAAAGAAGAAAGCAGAUAGGAGCACAAUUGCAAAUAGACGGCUAUAUAACAGCAGCUCAUUUUUCUCUGCAAGCAGCAUCAGAAUUACGAAGAACUCCGAAGAGUUAUUCUCAGCAAAUUCCCCAGAGCACUUGGAUGAUUUAGCAGUUUCUUCAAGCCAACAGCACGAAAGCCAACCAAACUCUUUCACUGAUACCUCUACUGACUCAUACAUUGAUGAAGGUGACAUAUCAGAUGAUUCUCAGUCAGUAGAGGCCGGGGACGUUUUCGAUUUCCUGUCGACUACAGAAGGCGUAUAUGAUGUUUCCGUACCGUCAAUCACCAAAUCCUGGAAGGUAGUAUCAGGUUUCAAUGUUUCCGAGUCAUUCCUGCAGUACCGAGAGACCUGUAUUGAGAAGGCCAAAACUCAUCGAAACCUGGAGACACAUGAAGAAUUGGCGCUUAGUGGCAUAAUGCUGAUUGAUGAUAGCAUUUGUGAAGAACAUUACUUCCCUUUUGAACAUGUUGAAGAUGUUUUGCAGGAUAUUGAAGCUGUCGAUUAUUUCCACAUACCCAAUGCCGAUGAAGAAGAGUCUCGUCUAUGCCAGAAGUUUGCCUAUAAUAUGCAGCAGAGAAGGCUGAAUUAUGAUCAUGUUGACAGAAUUUUGGACGAUAUAAUCUAUUGUAUGAACUACUCUAUCCAUCCAAUCAACGAGGCAACACUUGUACACAAUACUAUCAAUGUGAUGAUCGAUGCGUACUUUAAAAACUCUCCCAUUAUCAAGUGCCUAAAUGCAGACAACAUGAGCUUUUCCUCAUCUGCCCGAUUUACCAAUAUGGACCCCUCUCUUGUGAACCAUAACAAGCGUCCCGAUUUUAGUAUAGUCUCAAACCGGGAGAAACACCUUCUUCUGACCUUAGAGGCCAAGCGUUGUGGUCGUAGCAUGUCCGGUGAUUUCUUCAAGCUUGCUAAAUUGCUGAAGGAUUCGUUAAACCAAAUUGAGGUAUUCGGGAUUGUUUAUGGGUUAGUAUCUCAAUAAUGGGAAAAGUAGAUACUGUAAGAGUGUUAUUUAUUAAAGAGACAAAAUAAUAUUGUUUAUAUCUGUU